AUGCCCCUACGGCCAGUGCAAUGCUUUGUGCGUGUACGGCCCCUCACUGACAAGGAAUUAACGGCGAAGGAGGCGGGUUGUCUCACGGCAGAACCUGAGCAACGGCGCAUUCGCGUUGGGGAAACGUACACUCACCACUUCGACGGGGUCUUUCAUGCCGCAACGACGCUGCAGCAAAUUCGCGACGCCCUCGUGGCGGGGGUGGUGCGAGGGGCGUUGCGGGGCCACCAAGAGGCGCUUCUUUUGUACGGUCCAACGGGUGGCGGGAAGACGCACACCCUGAAGCAGCUGCUGCCCGUCGUUGUCCGCCUACUGCUACAUGCUGCCGGCCUGGAGCGCCUUACGUACGAGACGGAAGUCUCAAUGGAGUGUGUGGAGCUCUACAUGGAGCGCGUCGCGGACCUUUUUGACCCGUCCAAGACCGAUCUGCAGCUGCGAGAGUUUCCGGACACGGGUGUGUACGUACGGGGGGCGACAGAGGUGCCUAUUCGAUCACCGGAGGAGUUCACGCAAGCGUGGAGGAAAGCCGAGUUGUCUCGCUCCUGCACAGCCACCCGCCGCAACGCCACAAGUGCCCGUGGGCACUGUGUCGUGACGUUGAAGGUGAGGCGUCGCCGGAAAGUUCGGGAAGACUACGCGCUGCAUGAAGAGGCGUUUGACGGCGACGGCGAUUCCUCCUCUCUGGUGACAGAUGGCAGGAUAUACGUUGCCGACCUCGCUGGAUGCGAGCGAUUCAAAGGCUCCGGUAGCGAGGGCAUGCGUCAGGCCGAGGCCGUCACGGCGAACCAAUCUCUCUCGUCCCUUUGCAGUGUCAUGAAUGCACUGGCGGACCCCAAGAAGACACACGUUCCCUUCCGGGACAGCAAACUAACCCGUCUGCUGCAAGAGCCAUUGGGAAGAGAUGGCAGCUGUUACGUUCUGUUGUGUUUGUCACCAUCGGCAGUGUCGUUACCAGAAACACGUCGGGCACUGGCCUUUGGUGUACGGGCCAUGUCCAUUAUGCAAAAUACUGCGAGCCGCAAACAAGUCGAUCCAGCCACACAUCUCAUUGAGGUUCAACACUGGCUAGCCAGCCGUGUGCAUCUACUAGAGGCCCAAAUACGACGCCUGACUUCAUCCUCUCAUGUAGAGUGCCCUGGAUGUAUAGAGAAGGCGAUUAAGGAACAUGACUUGAGGGAAGAGGUAAGGCGUCUGAAGGCGGACGCGUCACAUAAAAAGGAGGAAUACGAUCUUUCACUUUUUCGUUUGCGGAGCGCCCUCGAGGAUGCGCAAAAUGACGCUGAGCAUUAUCGCAAUAAGGCCUCAAAGACCUUGCUGAUAGACGGAGACGCCUUCGAGCGAAAGAUGCGUGCCCUCAAUGAGUACUGGACAGGCUACGCUGCCUCGCUCCAGAAGGAGCUCGAGAACACGGAGCGGGAAAGGGACGACGCCUGUUCUGAAAUACGCGCUCUCUCUGAUGAGUUACGACUCCUGCAAACAGGAAGACGUAAAACUGACUUAUCAAAUGAAAACCGCGAUGACAUGGAACACAUUCAUAAUAUACAGCACGAUUAUAUUAACGACGUUAGUCCACCUAUAGAUGACAAAGAUAACAUAGAACGCCAGCGCGAGGGCUUGCAGGGGCAGCUGACGGCUGCGGAGGCGGCCGCCGCCGAGCUGCACUCGGAGAACAAGCGCCUCUCGCACGUGUGCGCGUCACUGCGCGCCGAGCUGGACGCGGCGCAGCAGCGGGCCGUGGAACUGGACGGGCGCAAUUUUUUGAGUAUGAGGCGGUGCAAUAGAGGUGGAAAUGCUUUGUAUUUUCGAAGUGAUGGUGCCGAGGCCUCUAUGUGUGGUGGGAUGAAUCAUUUUUGCUGCUGGCGCAGUAAGCUUUCUUCGGCCAUUGAAGAAUUGAGUGGGAUAACACGAUCCGAGGGUGGCGAUGUAAGCAAUGGGUUGCCGUAUGAUGAAAAGUUGAGCGUAGAUGUUUCGAAUGUGCUGGCGCCAGAGGUAGUUUCAGUUGAUAGCACAGUUGUCGCACUGAGGGAUAUUGAGGCUGUGUUGUAG